CGAAGACUUCCGGGUUUCCAACGUGACUUCCGGUUGUCAGAAUUUCCCCCGGACGCGGCGGCGGCCGACGGGAAGCUGUGGGGGCUUAGGUCGUGGUGGCCCGGGUGGUGGUGGGCUCCGGGCGGGCUCGCGUCAUCCUGCCCCCGCUGCGAUGCAUCCGCGGCGCCCGGACGGAUUUGAUGGCUUGGGCUACCGGGGUGGUGCCCGGGACGAGCAGGGCUUUGGCGGCGCCUUCCCUGCAAGAUCCUUCAGCACCGGGUCGGACCUGGGCCACUGGGUGACGACUCCCCCAGACAUCCCCGGCAGCCGCAACCUGCACUGGGGCGAGAAGAGCCCGCCCUACGGCGUGCCCACCACCUCCACCCCGUACGAAGGCCCCACGGAGGAACCCUUUUCCAGUGGCGGCGGCGGCAGUGUGCAGGGGCAGAGCAGUGAACAGCUGAAUAGAUUUGCUGGAUUUGGUAUUGGACUUGCAAGUCUCUUUACAGAAAAUGUAUUGGCACAUCCUUGCAUUGUUCUACGCCGCCAAUGUCAGGUUAAUUACCAUGCUCAGCAUUACCAUCUCACUCCAUUUACAGUCAUCAAUAUUAUGUACAGUUUCAACAAAACUCAGGGACCUAGAGCCCUGUGGAAAGGAAUGGGAAGUACAUUUAUUGUCCAGGGAGUCACACUUGGAGCAGAAGGCAUAAUUAGUGAAUUUACACCUUUGCCAAGGGAGGUUUUACAUAAAUGGAGUCCUAAACAAAUAGGAGAACACCUUCUACUGAAAUCCCUAACUUACGUGGUGGCAAUGCCUUUUUAUUCAGCAAGUCUGAUUGAAACAGUGCAGAGUGAGAUAAUUCGAGAUAAUACUGGCAUUUUGGAAUGUGUUAAAGAAGGAAUUGGAAGAGUGAUAGGCAUGGGAGUGCCUCAUAGCAAACGACUUCUUCCGCUUCUUUCCUUGAUCUUCCCUACGGUGCUUCAUGGAGUUCUUCAUUACAUCAUCAGCUCAGUUAUUCAGAAGUUUGUCCUACUAAUUCUAAAGAGAAAGACUUACAAUAGCCACCUAGCUGAGAGCACUAGCCCUGUGCAGAGUAUGUUGGAUGCUUAUUUUCCAGAACUUAUUGCUAACUUUGCUGCCAGUCUUUGUUCUGACGUUAUACUUUACCCAUUGGAAACAGUUUUGCACCGCCUUCACAUUCAAGGAACACGCACAAUAAUUGACAAUACAGACCUUGGCUAUGAAGUGCUUCCAAUUAAUACACAAUAUGAGGGAAUGAGAGACUGUAUCAAUACCAUAAGGCAGGAGGAAGGAGUGUUUGGUUUUUAUAAAGGGUUUGGUGCUGUUAUAAUACAGUACACACUGCAUGCAGCUGUUUUACAGAUUACCAAAAUUAUUUACUCUACACUUCUUCAAAAUAACAUUUGAGAUUUAGGUUCCUUCACUGAGUAGUCUGGAAGAUAUAAUCUGGAUAAUUUGCUAUGAAGUUAUGAGGGAUAAAAGUGAAAUACUGGGGAAGAAAAUGGAUUGGAAAGUAAAAUUGGUUCUAAAGCCCAUACUGAUUAUCUUGACUUUGUUUUUUAAGGCAUAGGUAUAUAUUUUGGAUCAAAAUUCUUCCAAAUUUGAAAACUCAAUAAAAAUAACACUUAUUAAAUUCUAGUUAGUGUAGCACUCAUGCUGAAGUAAACAUGAUCGUAGGCAGAAGCAAAAUUUUAUUAUAAAAUCUAAAACAAAACUUUAUAGAGUUGAAUCUAUUCCAUCUGACUUAAAUAUUUGCCAAAUGUUUAUUUUACCUCCUAGAUUGAUGUUGGUAUAGUAUCCUUAAUACAGUGUAGUAUAUUAAUGUCCUUAAUACAAUCAGGAGGUUUUUACCUUUAAGCAAAUAAAUUAUGUCAUUAUUGAAAAAGACUGAAGGGAUGAUUAGACUUGGCAAUCUGUAAGCAGGAGUAUAAAGGUUUUAAAUUGCAUUGUCCCUAUAUAACUAUCUUAAUGGCUAUAUAUAUGUAUUUUAUAAAGCCAUUUAUGUAUACACAUGUAACUUGGAAUUUCCUUCAUCUCUACACAUUUUCUACACUUACAUCACCUUAUUGCAUAAAACAAAGUCAUGCGCUUUCUGCUUGAACAUCAAAAUAUCAAAAGCCAAGGUACCCAAAAGAUACAAGUCAGAGACAACAUCCUCGUCCAUAUCCAAACCCAGUGUUUCAGUGCUAGCAACUUAAUUUCUCAUACAUUUAUAAAGUUUGGUUUGCUUUGCUAGUUGUGUGAAUCAUUGGCUGUUUUUAGAGCCACUGUUAAGAGAGAAUAUAAAAUAAUCAUGACAAUUACUACUGUUUCCACAUUUACAAAUUGUGUACUUAAAUGAACCUCAUUUCCCUUUUAUUUCUGAAUGGCUUGUCUGAGAGGAAACAAAAUUAAAAUUCAUCUGGGAAUUUGUGCCUCUUGUCUACUAUAUAGUCACCACUAAAUAAUGGCUUCCGUUUUUAUUUUCUUUUUUUUGUUUGUUUUUGUUUUUGUUUUUGUUUUUUUAUUAUACUUUAAGUUUUAGGGUACAUGUGCACCAUUGUGCAGGUUAGUUUUUCUUUUCUUUCAGGUUUUGCUUUAAAUUUUAUUUUCCAAAAUAGAUGUACGUGGAGGGAAAAGCAAUUAUUCUUAUCACCUUUUAUUUAAACUUCUUUAGAUGAAUACUGAAGAAAAAUCAAAACCUUGAAGGAAAUGUGCCCUUGUAUUUUAUGGGUGAGGGGAAAAAGUACAUUUGUACAUUUCAACAUAUAAUAAGCAAAAAAAUUACUAAUCAGUUUAAUAAAAACAUUUUGUCUAUUCCUAAAUGUAAUUUGGUGGCUUAAGCACUUUGUAUAGUAAAAUGAUAUGUGUCUGCUCUAUCAUUAGACAUUUUAAAGUUUCAUUUCUUCACAUGAAUAAUCACAGUUGUAUCACGAACCAUUUAGCGCUCUGAAGCACAGUGACUUUGCACUGAUAUUGUCCAACCAAGAAUGCAUAUGAAUAGAAAUUCAUUUUACUUGCUAAAUGUCACAGAAAUGGUUACUUUUUGCAAAUAGUACUGUUGGAACAAAAAAGUGAUAUCCAAAAAGUGUAAAAACAGUAAUAAGUAGCAAAUCUCUCCUGUGUGUGUGUGUAGUUACUGAAACACCUACAUUUUCCAUUUUUAAAUUCCACCAAAAGGGGGAAAAUAAAAUUAAACACCACUGAUCACAUUUUAUAUUUUAUGGUGACUAUUUUAGAUUAAGGUUUACUUUGUCCAACCAAUAGCAUUUAAAUUGUUUUCAAUUAGGAUAGUUUCAGAUAAGAGUAAACCAGAAAAUUUCAAGUUUGAAAAAUUUCUAGAAAAGAAUCUGAAUAGAAUCAAGUAUUUACUAGUGAAAAUCUGUAGGAUCCUUUAUUUAGCUAAAAAUUAAAUAUUUCAGGAUAUUUUUUGGAAGUUAGCAUGAAAAUAGUUACAUAAAUUCAUUUUAUUGUAGAAUAAUUAUAAGACCGAUAGGCUGAACCACACACAAAUAAGGCUGAUCUUGUUUUCCUUUUUGGAGAAAGAGAAUACAAAUUAACAUUAAAAUUGAAAUGUAGAAAGUAAAAUAUGAAUAAUUUUUUACAACCACUCCAAAUGAGUUGAAACAAAAUCUUGAACGGUCACGCACUUAAAUUUAAGCUAGCCAAAUAUGUUGCACUGAAUUUUGAAAAGAAUGAGUGAGAUAACUGUAAGAUACGCUCGUUCCCUUUUUAAAAUUGUUAUUUUUCUUUAACAUGGGUACCAAAUCAAAUAUCAAUGGGCUAUACUUCUUAAGAUAAUAACAGCUCAAAAUAAUAUUUUUUAAUUCAGUAGAACUAAUAGCAUUAUGGAAAAGAUUCUAUUAAAUGUUCCACAGGCCCACUGGUCCUCUUACAUAAGCCAAAUUUUGGCCACGGAGCUUGUGAUACACUUGCCUUACAUUGUAGGGUUUCUUAAUUUGAGUCAAGUACACUGAAAGCAAUUAAAAACUGGUAAAUAUUAAUUUACUAUGUAAAGUGAACUUACGAAUUAACUUACUAAAUACAUAUAGGUAGACCUUCCCGAAAUGCCAUUCUCAAUUUUAUUUUAUGGGCUCUAAAAAAAAUUAUCUAGGUUAAUAAGGUUAUCUAUUAAAGCCCCCAGAAUCUCAGCACUAGAUGUUAUAAAUAUGAAACAGUAAAAACAAGGUCACUUGAAAAUGGGUAUUUGAUACCUUACCUGGUGUUUUCAGAAACAUACAGAACUGGAAAGGUAAGAACUUGCUUACUAUUGCAGAUAUACCUGACCACUCACAACUGUCUUUUUAGCAGCGGCUUUGUUAAAACUGCACAAAGCAUUCACUUUAUUGAUUGAGUACAAAUGCUUUAGUGUUUCUACCUAAGUAUUAGUACAUCUGUUCAGGAAAUGAAAAAAAAAAUGCUGCUUUAUAUUUGUUUUAUCAACUGAGGUUGUGGAGGAUUUUUGUCCACUGAUCUUUUGAAACAGAAAAGCAUACUUUGUCAGCUUCUAAUAAGAUAGCCAGGUUUGAGUUAUUUGCAAUAUUUAUAUAAGCAAAUAAGAUCUCUUGGUAACAAUUCACACUGCACUAGAAUUUGAAUGAUACUGUUGUUGGCAUUUCUGUUUCUCUUUCAAGUAGUUGUAAAUAAUCUCUUUUUCUCAUAUAAACUGAAUGCAUAAUGUCUUACUCUUGAGUCAUUUAGUAUCAUUGAUAUGGUACCAAGUUGUAUAGCAGAGUAACAAAAUCAUGAUUUGACAAUGAAAUUUACAUAUUGCCUCACCUAGAGAUGUUUUGUCUGUAUGACUUUUUUUUUUUUUUAAAGUUUGUCUUACUGUUACUUUAAAUGUUUUGGGUAAAUUGUGUAAUAUGAAAAGUUCAAUAAAAUGUUGAAAUAAA